UUUCCGCAGCUGCCGCCAAGGUGCUCGGUCCUUCCGAGGGAGCUAAGGCCGCGUUGGGGUGAGGCCCUCACUUCAUCCGGCGACUAGCACCGCGCCCGGCAGCGUCCUUUUCUUUUCAUCCAGUCCUCUCACUCCCGCGCCAUGGCCUCCGUCUCGGAACUCGCCUGUAUCUACUCGGCGCUCAUCCUGCACGACGAUGAAGUCACCGUCACGGAGGACAAAAUCAACGCCCUGAUCAAAGCGGCCGGCGUCAACGUGGAGCCAUUCUGGCCCGGCCUGUUUGCCAAGGCCCUGGCCAAUGUCAACAUUGGGAGUCUGAUCUGCAACGUGGGGGCUGGUGGACCUGCCCCAGCAGCAGGUGCUGCCUCUGCCGGUGGCCCCGCACCCUCUGCUGCUGCUGCACCAGCUGAGGAGAAGAAAGUGGAAGCAAAGAAAGAAGAAUCUGAGGAGUCUGAUGAUGAUAUGGGUUUUGGUCUUUUUGACUAAGCCUUUUUGUAACAAGUUCAAUAAAAUGCUGAACUCUU